ACUCUCUCAAUAUAAUCUCUCUCUCUCUGGAUCGAGAGGUUUAAGCUGGGUUUAAUCGCACUCGUAUACCUAAGAUUUGGCGCCUUCCCCCUCUUCAAUUGGGUUUCUUGUUGCCUCCGCAAAAACCAUACACCUCUCCUAAUUUCGCCAAUUCGCUAGGGUUUUGUUCCGACUCUCUCUUGGUCCUUCGUCCGUGUUUGAUUCUGCUGCUUCCGGGGGUUUAACGGAGGGGGAAGGCUUCUUCUCCGGUACCGAGAGGAGAAGUCGUGUGUGUGUGUGUUGGAGGGGGAAUGAGUUAAACAACUUUGAUUCAAGAGGAUGGUUCUACAUGUUACUCUGUGCAAAGCUUUAAGAAAGGUUGAACAUGACCAAUGGAGGAGGAGGUGGGGAGGGUGGAGGAAGUGGGAAAGGGAAUCUCUUUCGCGGCAGUGAUUUCGCCUACGCUCUCGCUAGGAUGGCCGUGGCGCAGAUAUGCGAGGGCGUGGAGCUCAGCUCUUAUCAGGAGUCGCAUCAUGGACGCGAAGGUGCGAGGUUUAGUUCUUUUCAGGAGACUGCGCUCGAGAGACUGACCGAGGUAGCGAUACAGUACAUUCAAAGCGUUGGGAAGACGACGCAGUUCUAUGCUAAUAUGGCUGGUAGAGUAGAAGGUAAUGCUAUGGACAUUGUUCAAGCGCUGGAGGAUUUGGGAUCUGGAUUGGGUUUCAGCGGUGCUCCUGAUGUUGAGCAUUGUCUUGCUGAGUCCGGUGUGGUCAAGGAUAUUGUACGUUAUACGUUUGAAGCGGAGGAGGUGCCUUUUGUUUACUCUCUUCCUCGUUUCCCUUUUAACAGAGGAAAAAGACCUGCUCCUAGCUUUGCUGAGGUUGGAGCCGAGCUACCAGAUGAGCAUAUUCCAGCUUGGCUUCCUGCUUUUCCCCAAACCAAAAUGUGUAGCGGGUUGGAGGAGGCUAGCGUUGACAAAAUACAAGGUGAGGUGCAAAGUAAUGGGAACGGACUGUCUUUGCCGAGCUUGCAGCAGUCUGUUGAUGUUGAUAGGCUAAAAGUUCAGAAAUCCAUGGAUCAAAAGGAUGUUGAGAAACCAUCAGAGGAGCCGGAAUGUAACCCGUUCCUUGCUGCACCAGUUUGGGUUGGAGAGAAGAACGUGCCACGUGUGUUUUGCCCGUCACAGCUUACUAAUGAAGAAGUUAGCACUGGUCACGUUCCUGAGAAACAAACCAACAAGAGCCAUCACAUUCCGCCCCUUGAGGCGUAUGCUCCAUCGGGUAUGAUCGUAGACAAGAGCAGAUUAGGUGAAACGGAGGGAGGAGAGAAAAAUGAUGACGGGAGAACACAACGUGCGUUGCUACGUUUCAAGAUUGAGACUCGAAAGGCCCCUGUGCGUUGGACGAUAAAGGAGAGCUUAGAGGAAAAGGGUUGGUUUCUAGAGGAUGGAGACAAGAGGAAGAAAAAUGUAGAACGCGAAGAAAAGCCAGUAACCAUUGACACAAAUGUAAAAUAGGUAUUUUGUCAUUUAGAAUUUGUAGACGGAAUAUCAUUUGCCUCUUGAGUUUAGUGAUAGUUUGCAAUUGAAUACGUGACUCGUUAAGGAAAAGAGAUUUUUACUGAUUCAAACUGCUUGAACAAGGUGUAUGGUCAGCAUCGUUUGUUGUUGAAACAUUCUUUUAUAGCUCCUCAUUCAAGUGAGAAUUGAUUUUCGGUCC